GGAACUCCAAGGACCCUGCAUAUUUUUAAGUCUCUCUCUCUCUCUCUUCCUUGCUCUCCAGCUGGCCGUCUUGAGGAAAACAACAGUCCUGCUGGCGGUCCUUCUCUUCGGCUACGCCUAUUUUAACCUGAUGGUCCCCGAUCCCACCAGGCGCCUGGCUCAGCUGGGCCUCUUCUGCAGCCUCUUCACCAUCACCAUGUACCUCUCACCGUUGGCAGAUCUGAUCAAGAUCGUGAGAAGCCGUUCCACGCGCUGCCUUUCCUUCCCGCUGACGGUCACCACUUUCCUGGCGUCGGCCAGCUGGACUUUCUACGGGCUCCUUCUGGAUGAUCUGUAUAUCGCGAUUCCCAACGUCCCCGGCAUC